UUUUAAUAAAUAUUUAAGCAUCAUGUUUUAUCAUAUCUCAUUAGAACAUGAAAUUCUGUUGCAUCCUCGAUACUUCGGUCCUCAAUUACUUGAUACAGUAAAGCAGAAACUUUAUACGGAGGUGGAAGGCACCUGUACAGGAAAAUAUGGUUUUGUCGUCGCAGUUACGACAAUAGAUAAUAUAGGAGCAGGUAUUAUACAACCAGGACAAGGUUUUGUAGUUUAUCCAGUCAAAUAUAAAGCCAUAGUAUUUAGACCAUUCAAGGGUGAAGUACUAGAUGCAAUAGUUACACAAGUGAAUAAGGUUGGGAUGUUUGCUGAAAUAGGGCCACUCUCAUGCUUCAUAUCUCAUCAUUCAAUCCCAGAGGAUAUGCAAUUUUGUCCAAAUGUGAAUCCAGCUUGUUAUAAGUCGAAGGAAGAGGACGUUGUUAUCCAGGCAGAUGAUGAAAUCAGACUGAAAAUUGUAGGCACGAGAGUAGAUGCUACUGGAAUCUUUGCUAUUGGAACAUUAAUGGAUGAUUAUCUAGGUCUCGUAUGCAACUGACAUAUCUAUUGCUCAUCUCUAAAGAAUUUUCUAACUUAUUAAAUGUUAUUUUAUAUAUCUGAAAACAAUAUUGUAAAAUAUUUUCUACUCUCUUUAUAUACAACAAAAUAUUUCAAUAUUAUCUGACCAAAAAAUAUAAAAAAUAUAAUGAAUUAUAAUAAGAUACAGAAUCAUUUUAACAAGCAAGAAAUAUAAUAAUGAUAAUAGAAUUUUAUUCAUGCCUUUACUUUUGUUCAAAAGUAUUUACAGCACAAUAAUAUUGC